UCUUAUCAUCUAAUAGAUCUUUUUUUUUAAAACAUAGCUACUGGGAAUCGUGGGUGUCAACAACAAACUAUCUGCAAAAGUGUUGACGUAUUCGAAACUGAUUACUGAUAAGGGGUCCUCCAUAGAGCCGCUGAAACAGACUCGCCUUUGGAGAAAACUUUUGAAAUAUUUGAAUAGUUUACCUUGAUUGUGGUUUUGUCACACUUAGAAAUCAUGGCAAAAUUGAUUUCCUUAUACCGUGAUGAUGCACCAUGCCCUUUGGGCAGAAGGGAACUCCCCCUUCCAUUUGAUGAAAACAUUUCGAUGGUGAUGAAAUUGCCAGAGUUGAACUUAACCCGUCUACCCUCUUGCUUGAAAGGUUCUGAAAAUGAGGCAUUUAUAGAUAAAAAGAAAUUACUAACAGCAGCAGAGAUGAAUGAUUCCAUGCAAGUAUCAAGCCAAGAAGUGUUGGAAUUAAUAGGACCCAAUGUCCCAUGUGUUGGUUGUAGGAGAAGUGUUGAAAGAUUGUUUCGAGAGCUUGUAGCAUCCGGACAAGAUGCCUUGUACCCUGUUACCUUAUCCCCAAAUGGUACUUUAGGGCUAGCUCCAGAAGUCAUAUCUUCCUCUUCUAAACUGUUUAUAUUGUUGAAGUAUUAUGGGAGUCGUCUAAACACAAUGGCAGAGUCUAUUACGACCAAAUCUCGUCAAAAUCGACGAUGCCCGCUGCAUUCGUUGGAUGCUCAUAGAGCUCGACCGACUGGCGUAAAUUGGCGACCGUUGUGGGAUUCUAUGGCGCAGGAAUGCAGGGAAGAAUUAACUUUGGUAGAAGCUAAUGCUCUUCUUGACACGUUAGAGGCAUAUCUGCAGAAACAUAGGUUUUGUCCCGAAUGUCGUUUGAAGGUCUUGCGGGCCUAUAGUUUGUUGGUUGGGGAAGUCGAGCCUGCAGAGGAAAAGGGAUAUAAACCCAUUCUGUAUCUUGGUCUAAAGUGUUGCCCAGCAGAAAAACAUAUUCAUGUUCAGUGCAAUGCGGACCUCAUGUCUUUGCUCAUCGCGAGGGCCGAACCCGAACUUGUUGGAAGUUUCCGACGAGAGAGGCAUGCGAAGACAAUGGAAGUUGCUCAGGAAGAGGUGGUGACUUGCGUGGGAAUUUGUUUGUUAGAACGACUUCAGCGAGUAGCUCAGAGGCUUCGAGAAGAGGAACAGAUGGUGGAUAUGUUACAGUUUGCAUCUUUGCAGGCACUACGACGAUCAUUCGAAAUGGCAGUUGAAUCUAAACGAGGAGUUUCACAGCUUGAAUUGCUUUGUGACGAACUUAGUCGCGAAGAGGCUGUUCAAAAGCAAAGAAAAGAAGCCAAAAAACAAAAGCGCAAGAAGCGACGGGGUAAGAAAGAUAGUAUUUCCAGUUCGGACAACAUUUGUCGAAGUGAAAAAGACUACGAUAAUGAGGAUGAUGUGGAGGGCGAUGCCGAUGAAGACAUUCUUCCAAUGCUUGUUCCCCCAAUACCCGCUUGUCAUCGUUCUAUGCUGGAAUCGAGCCGGUCGCCAAGUCUGGAACACUGCCCUUGUCUGGCUACUGAUGCUAAGCAUUCCAGUAGCUCGGGACAUGCGCCUUUUGCAACACAGCCAUCGUUUACAACUGGUCGCUCUCGCAAGUGUCCACAAGAAUCGGGAUACUCCUCGACUAACUCUAGUAAUUUGACGACGCCUGAAGGCUCCGAUGUUGCCUGUACCGAAGGAUUGUGCAACCACCAUUCAGGUUCUCCGGUACAGUGCCGCCCUAGCCCAAGUCCAGUCCCUGAAAGCCUUUCGGAAGACCACUGCAACUGUGGUGAAAUGGAAAAUGAAGAUGUUGAAACAAGAAAUAACUUAGGUCGUGGGGGGCGGUGUCCCAUUCACAUCAAGUUACGUGAAAACUGCCGAAAUGGUCGAAGUCUACAACAAAUGCUUGAGGAAUGGCAUGUAAAUUCGGAUGACGACGACGAAGGUGAAGAGGGUUUUAUUCCGUUAGAGGAAGUGCAAGCUUUCCGCAAGCAACAACAACAUUAUAACGAACAACGUCGCCAACUGCGAAACGAUUUACGCCUCAAGUUUGAUCAACUGUGUGGACGUGUCCAAAAAUCGGCCCCACUGGAUUAAAUAAUAAAAUAUAUAGAGCAUA